AUGGCUUACACCAAGAACUCGCUAAUUUCCCGCCAUCAUCUGUCUACCGAUUUCCCUUACCCCAAAGCCGUGGUGCGAGUCUAUAAUACUAUUAACACCGUCUGGGCGAAGAAGCGCGGCGACCAGAAGUCGACUCAAGACCGGCCAACAUCUCCCGAACCGCCUGCCUUCCUGGCAAAUGACCAAUCGCUUACGGAGACCUUCUGA